CUCAAAAGUACGAUAACAAUAAUGUGCAAGGAGAGACCCAAAAAACUGGGAUAGAUUUAUAUCUGCUGUAUUGAUCCCAUAAGGGGAAGUCCCACAAGCCAGUACAGGAUUUUUCGUCAUUUGAAUUGUUCUUUGGUGAAAAGUGAGAGGUCCAGGGAAGACACUGAUGGGACUUUGGACAGAAAAAGAAGUUCCAGAAUAAUAAAGGAGAGAGAAUAUCAGGUAUGUGCAAGUGUGGGAGUUAUAACAGCAGAGAAUGAAAGUAAAACUUGUGUAGUUGUCGAUGAUAGUUUACUAAACACCAGAGGCACAGACAUCUUUAGAGAUAUUUGUGUAAAUGAGCAGUUGUCGAUAGAUCAGAAUGCAAAAUUCUGUCAUCUGCGUAAUGAAUUAGAUAUAUUCACAGGUGUACCAGGUAUAACUCACCUUGAAGAACAUAAGAAUGAAUUAACUGAUGAGGCACCCAUACCUAUUCGACAGUAGCACUAUACCUUAUGCCAAGCGAAAAGACGUUGCAGACGAAGUUAAGAAUAUGUUAGAGGCAGAAGUCAUAGAGCCAGCAAAUUCAGAUUACAACUGCCCCGUUGUUCUUGUGAAGAAGAAAGAUAAUACAGACCGUUUUUGAAGAGACUUCAGACUUAUUAAUUCUAUCAAGAGGUUCCACACAGAUUCUAUAGGUAACGUAGAAGAUAUACUGGUGAAGUUGUAAGAAGACAAAUACUUCACGAAGAUCGACCUGACUAAGGGUUAUUGGCAGAUACCAAUAGAAGAAAGGUCAAGUCUCUACACCAGAAGGUAGUUACCUGUUCAGAAAAAUGCCGUUUGGGAUGGUUAAUUCUGGUGCAACAUUCAGUUCAAUGAUAAGAAAGUUGUUUGCUGGAAUAACAGUCGCAGAUGUGGACGAUGUCUUUGGACACACCAUAACCUGCGAGAGACAUGUAAUUAUGUUGAGAAUUGUUUUCACAAGAAUACGAGAGGCAAGACGGACAGUUAAGCCAUCAAAAUGUAUAACUGGAUACGGUAGUGUUUCGUUUACUGGGUCAUGGCAGGAUGCAAAUGGAAGAAGAUAAGUUAGACAAGAUACGUAGUGCUGAGAGACCAGAAACUAAGAAGCGACAUAGGUCAUUUCUUGGUUUGGCUGGAUAAUAUAGGAAAUUCAUUAAGUCCUUCGCAGAGAUCGCUGCUCCUUUGACAGACCUUACGUUGAAAGGUCAACCAAACUAGAUUAUGAAGCCGCAAUUAAGACACUGAAGCAGUUAUCGACUUGUGCGCCGAUAUUAAGUUUGCCAGGCAUCUCUGAACCGUUUGUGUUGCAGUGCGAUGCUUCGGAUAUAGGGGUUUGGGAAGCGUUUUUGCAAAGGUUCGAUGACGGAUUGUUUCCUAUUGCAUACCAAGCAAGAAGCUUUUGAAAAAGGAGAAUAACUACUCAGUAAUAGAGAGGGAAUGCCUAACUAUGGCUUUCGGAAUUAAGAACUUCGAAUCAACGUUGUCAAAAGAACCGGAAACGUCUGUGCAGAUAACCUACGUAGACUCGAUACCUCAGGGUAAGGUUUGAAUUAUUCUUUGCAUUUUGAAAACAGUUCUCUUGAGUGGGUGGCUGUCGGAAUAAUCCUUUGUUGCUUGUUUCAAAACGGCGUUAAACCAUAAGUUGUAAAUUUAUACUGUAUGCUAACUUAAACGGCAGCAGAAAAAAAACGUCCACCAUUGGCGAGCGUGUUCAAAUACAAUUUCCGUCUUUACUUGGGUUUGCUUCUUACUCUUCGAUAAACAGGUCCUUUUGUUUGUGAAUAUCCUAGACCCGAAAAUGUAAAAAAGCUGAAAUUAUUCAAUUUUAUUUUAUUUAUUUUGUUGGGUUUAACGUCGCACCGACACAAUUUUAGGUCAUAUGGCGACUUUCCAGCUUUAAUGGUGGAGGAAGACCCCAGGUGCCCCUCCGUGCACAAUUUCAUCACGAGCGGGCACCUGGGUAGAACCAUCGACCUUCCGUAAGCCAGCUGGAUGGCUUCCUCACGUGAAGAAUUCUACGCCCCAAAUGAGGUUUCGAACCUACAUCGAUGAGGGGCAAAUGGUUUGAAGUCAAAGACUCUAACCACUCGGCCACGGAGGCACCUGAAAUUAUUCAAGGAAGGUAAAAUAUUGUCCAUAGCUUCGGAACUCACACACGUUAUUAAAUGUAUUCAUGUUUUCUAUAAAGAAAAAUGAUUUUAUUUUAAAAUACAAAAGCAAUUUUGAUGUAAUAUUUUACCUUAGUUUUAUCAGCUCAGCUGAAUUACGCAGGCUUUUGAGUUCACCCUGUGAAAUAAGCUGAUUCUUCCCAUUUAAACUUAAUUCUUUACGUUUCUCUUUUUUGAUAAACUGAUUAUUGAAGAAAGUGUAAAAAAAUCUCGUAUUCGAAAUUCGAAAGAAAUAUGAACAGAUUAACAGGGGAAAAUGACUUAAUUGUAAGUUUGAACAAUCACAAUAUGAUUAGAAACUUUGUUAAAUAUUCAUCCGUUUAAAAGUAAUCCGCGUUUGGCAGUUUGUUAGUUUGACUCUUUAGGUAAUAACGGGAUUCUGCAGUCGUUUUAAGACGAAGCAAACAUAUGUUAACGCUCUUCAGGAAAAAUAUGUAAAAUUUAAAAUAUUGGAUAUAUUGUCCUACAAAUAGUCAUAAAAUAUGGGAUUGCCGGCCUUUGCUACGGAACGCGCAUAUAUAAAAGGAUGUGUGAACUGUGCGUCUCUGUUAACAUACAUUAACUCCUCUGUUAAAACUGCCCCGCUGAAAAAAACAGCAGUUUUAUGCUAGAAUGUUAAUGAAUGCGACUUUAGUAUUAUGUAUCUGUAUGUGUAACGUUUGAUAAAUCGAUAGGUAUAGACAGAGUAUGGCUACCACAUCUAAAAUGGCAAAAAGAUCCAGCAGACACUUUUGGUACAGAAUAUCUUGGAAGACCGAUGUCACCACCGCCGCCGUACCAACAUUCAAUUUCAGAAGAACAGCGAUUUAAAGAAAUGCAAGAAAAAGAAAGUACACCCUGUGAUGAAAGCAAAAUAGAUGUAAAAAAGAACUCAACUAAAAUGGAUUCCCAGUUGUGUGCCCAGAAAAGCGAAACCCCUUCGAAAGAAAGUACACCCUGUGAUGAAAGCAAAAUAGAUGUAAAAAAGAAUUCAACUAAAGUGGAUUCCCAGUUGUGUGCCCAGAAAAGCGAAACCCCUUCGAAAGAAAGGAAACCCUUUGAGGAAAGCAAAAUAGAUGUAAAUAGGAAUUUAAAUGAAGUGGAUUCCCAGUUGUGUGUCCAGAAAAGCGAAACACAUUUAAGAGCAUUUCCACAUUCGAAGAAAAAACAAAAAGUUCGGAAAAAUGUGAAGAAAGGUAAAAAGAAUCGAAAAGUGAAAUGUAUGAUAAAGAACAAGUAUGAAAGUCAUCUGUCACUCAGAAGUGUAACAGGGAUAAACGUAAGAACAGGAGUUGUGAGAAGCGAUAUGUCGUGCAACAUCCUACAAAGUAGAUGUAAUCGGCUAGCAGAGUUCCGUCAAAAUAUUGCUCUUAUUUAUCCUGCUGUAGAGAGUGACGACCCCUUUCCGAAAUUACUUUGUCUCACAACUGAAGAAUGCCCAGAUCUCCCAACAACUUUUGAAGGAAUGCAGGUGUUGCAGAAACCUUUCUAUCCUAGAUCGGAGGAAUCGCUUGAGGCAGAAAACUACGCUGCUAAUAUAUUUUUGAGGACGGAAAUGACAGAAGAAUUACGGAAACAAAUUGAAGCCAUUGAAGAAACGAUAGCUUUUCAUGCAGAAGAUCUUAUGAAUAGAUACAGUAACUUAGAAGCUAUAAGAAUUAGUUUGGUUCGCUCAACCAAAAAAGGUAUUCAACAGAGUCCAUGUAUCGUACUAUUCUGUCGCUGUAAGUCCUAUAUUCCAUUUUCUCGUUCUAAAUUCCCAACACAGUUACGACACCCAAGACAAAGUAUUACUUUCAAAACAGAUGUCAGAGAGGGAUUUUUUACUUUAUCUGCUAAUGGUCACACAAUAACGAGAUUUGCAAAUGAAUGGAAUAGAGAACUUGCAAUGGGAUGCAGUAUAGGACCCGAAAAUGACAUAUACAGUGCGUCAAUCGGGCCAUUUGUGAACAUUAGAGAAACCAAUGAGAUGUGCUUCCUCACAGUACGACAUCUGUUUCAGCCUCUUUAUAAACCCAGCGAUCAAAUAACCGGAACUAAUAUUGUUCAGCCUGCCGACGGCGACAUGGCAGUGCCUUUCAAUCAACAGGCUCAAAGUGGUGUACCGAAUCGCCGUUGUGGCACUGUAAUAGUUGCAGAAAUUAACAGCAGGAUUGACGCAGCUUUGAUAAAGAUCUGUCACGAACGUAUUCCAACCAGAGGAAACUUUGUUGGUGUAAGAAGAGACGAUCUUCAUUUUGCAGGAUUUACUGAGCAUCAGUAUCCGACAUACGACGACGGGAGCAUGAAAGAUGCAACCAAAUUUACUUCACAAGACCUUGCAUACGACAGAGUAAUAACAUUUGGUAAAGAAACUGGUCUUAGAAAAGGUACACUUCGCAUUGCCAAUAUGGCCGUGAGUGUUGUUUCCGAAACAGGAACCAUACAACAUGGCGGGCGUGUUCAGCGUCAGACAUUGAUGGGGCAGCUUCAGGUGGAUUCCUACGCAAGGAAAACGUUUUUCCAGGAAGGGGAUUCUGGGUCUGCCGUUUUUGUUGUAGACAGAAAUAACAAACCACAUUGUAUCGGUAUGGCGAUUGGUGUUAUGUCAGACCUAACAUGUGUUGUCACACCCAUUCACGUUAUAUUGCAAGAACUUGGAGCAAAGUUAAAUAAAACAUUAGAGUCAAAGGCUUUUACCCAUGAAGACAUGAUCAUUUAGAGGUACCAUUUUUCAAUACAUUUUUUUCGAAGUCAAAACAUUUGGAAGUACAUGUAGUUAUAACCUGCCCGAUAAUCAGAGGUUAUAAACGGAAUGUGUAUGACAUACAACUCUUUCAGCGCAAUUUUUUCAGUUCAACAAUCCUGUGUCGUUGUGACUCUAAACACAGCAACACAUAUUUCUAUAUAUAGGAUAUAGUACACGGGCCCUUUAACAUCACAUGAAUUGCUUUGUGUUACGAAGACCUCGAAAAAUAAAUAAAACUCCGUUUACUUUAAUAUAUUGAAAUGUUAUCAUUCAUUAUUCAUUCAUUGUAAUAGAGUUAAGAUUUACGAUUAAAACGUUAAAACAAAACGAAAAACAGAAAUAAGAAUUAUGGUAACUGUUAUUGUUUAAAUAUAAUUAUGUCUGAGUGUUUUCUUCAAAGAUGUUCAUAGAAGUUGAUGUCUUAAAUUCGUAUUUAGCGCCUUUAUUAAUAACGUGCCUGACACCUAUUUGCUAUAAGUUACCUGUUGAAUCCUGUUUUCGAUUAUUGUUUUCUCAUAUAUUUAUUGAAGGUUUGAAUAAAAACAUAGUGGGCAGUAUAUAAUUUGAUUAUAUUCCUUUAUGGAGCUAAUUGUAUACAUACAUGGUGAGCAGUGUAUUUCUAAU